AUGGCUAAGGUGAAGUGGUCUGAGAUUAAUUCUGAAAGGCUAAGGGGUAGGAACUUUUGGGAAAUGUAUGCUUAUGAUAAUACCAGUUGGGGUUGGAAAAUGAUCCUUAAGAAUAGAAGUUUGUUGAGAAAUCAUAUUGUGUAUAGGUUGGUUGAUGGUAUGAACACCUCUGCUCUCUAUGAUAAUUGGCAUAUUGCUGGCCCUCUGAGUAGUUUUAUUUCAUACAGAGAUGCCUAUGAUGAAGAUUUCUCAAUUAAAUCAAAGGUUUUUGAUGUAGUUGUAAAUGGUGAUUGGAAUUGGCCUAUGGAAUUGGUGGAAAAAUAUCCUGUUUUAGUUAGUACUCCUGCUCCUAUUCUUUCUAAUAAUAGAAGAGACAAAAUCUUAUGGAAAAAGAAGUCAGGAAGAGCUGUUGAUUUUUCUGUUUCAGAGGUAUUUCAUACUCUUAGUGAUGAUUGUGAUGAUGUGAAAUGGGCAGGUGUAGUUUGGUUCAGUCAAAACAUCCCUAGACAUUCUUUUAUUUUGUGGCUUGCUAUUAAAAAUAGGCUUAAAACACAAGAUAAAUUUGACUGGGUGGAAGGAAAUAAUCCUAAGUGUGUAUUCUGUAACUUGCAAAGUGAUAGCCAUAAUCAUUUAUUUUUUGAAUGUUCUUAUUCAAAAAAAGUAUGGAGGGAAAUGAAGAUUGUGGCUAAUUUUGAUGGUGUGCCUGAUAGUUGGGACAGUAUUGUUGAUUGGUGUGAGAAUGUAAAUUGGAAUAGAGCUAUUUCAAGUGUGGUGCAAAGAUUGGUUUUGGGUGCUUCGGUUUACUUUAUUUGGUUGGAGAGAAAUUUAAGAAUUUUUCAAGGAAAGAAGAGAAAUGUUUCUGAUUUGUGUUCUAUUAUUAAGAAUGUAGUGAGAGCAAGACUUAUUGGAUUGAAGAUUUUACGUACUGAUAAAGCAUUGGAAGUGGCAAAGGUUUGGAAUUUCUGUCUGAAUGAAGGAUUGAAUGAGUAUAAUUCAAAACAAAGAUGGAUAAUGACUGAAGAUUGUUUAAUGUUUGUUGAUGAAACAAUUUGUUUGAAUGUCUGUGAUAGUUCAUGGUAUAAAUAUGGUGGACUCAGGUAUUGGGCUAGUUUUUACUAG